CCCUCUGUGGUCCACAUGGACAGUUUUUUCGACCUCCGUGUGCCCUGAAUGGUGAUCCUCGAGUCUCAGCUCACCUCUCUGAGCUGAUGAUGGACAUCUGACGAGGCGCGGUUGUAGCCCGUCGCUGCAGGCGGUGAGGAAGGCGGUUCCAGAGACAGGCAGAGUCGCUGCUCCGGCUCCAACAUGGCGGCGGCCGUACGCGCUGCGGGCUGUCUCCCCGCACUGUGUAGCGCGCCGGCAGGUCAUUUCCUGUCUAGGCAGCUCUCUUUAAACACCUUUCCAGUAGCAGCCACUUCCUUUUUGGCAGCGAAGACAGCUUUCAGCCAUGGCUCUUUGUCACCAAGGGAAACAAGACACAACCACUGUCUGACCAGCUUGAGCCAUGCACUGCAGACACAGUGCUGCAUUUCCUCUCCCAGCAACUGGACGGGCCAGCAGUACAGACCCUACAGCUUCUUCACCAAAUUGACUGCAGAAGAACUCUGGAAAGGUGCACUAGCAGAGACUGGAGCUGGAGCAAGGAAAGGCAGAGGCAAAAGGACAAAGAAGAAGAAGAAGAAGGAUUUGAACAAAGGCCAGAUUAUUGGUGAAGGGCGUUCUGGUUUCCUGUGGCCUGGUUUGAAUGUUCCUCUUAUAAAAAGUGGAGUUGUUCAGAACAUUGGCCAGCGAAGCAAAGAAGAGCAGCAGAAGGUGGAGGCCGACAUGGCUGAGCAGAGGGAAGAGUGGGACCGGAAGAGGAAGAUAAAAGUUAAACGGGAGCGCGGCUGGAGUGGGAACACGUGGGGAGGUGUCAGUAUUGGCCCCCCAGACCCGGGACCCAAUGGAGAAACCUAUGAAGACUUUGAUACCAGGAUUCUUGAGGUAAGAAAUGUUUUCAAUAUGACAGCAAAAGAGGGAAGAAAGAAGUCAGUCCGUGUCCUGGUUGCUGUUGGGAAUGGAAACGGUGCUGCAGGUUUUGCCGUCGGGAAAGCCGCUGACCGGGCAGACGCUUUCAGAAAGGCAAAGAACCGAGCGAUUCAUUAUUUGCAUUAUAUAGAACGAUAUGAAGGACACACAAUAUUCCAUGAUAUUUCACUAAGAUUCAAAAGGACACAUAUCCGGAUGAAGAAACAGCCCAGAGGUUACGGCCUCCGCUGCCACAGGGCCAUUAUCACCAUCUGCCGCCUCAUCGGCAUCAAGGACAUGUAUGCGAAGGUCAAUGGGUCCGUGAACAUGCUCAACCUCACCCGGGGCCUCUUCCAUGGCCUCGCCCGCCAGGAAACCCACCAGCAUCUGGCUGAUAAGAAGGGUCUCCACGUGGUGGAAUUCCGGGAGGAAUGUGGGCCUCUGCCUAUUGUGGUUGCCUCCCCUCAUGGGGCCUUGAGUAAGGAGCCUGAGCCCGAACCUGAGGUCCCUGAUACCAAACUGGACUGGCAAGACGUAAAGGCCAUGCAGGGAAUGAAGCGCUCUGUGUGGUUUAACUUAAAGAGGUCGGCCACCUGAACAUCCAGCCUGCCCCGCCUGUGCCGGCUGCUGACAGCACCUGAAGACUCCACCCCUCGCCUGGAUGUGCUGUCUUUUUUAUUUUAAAAAAGUCUAACCUUUGUUUUCAAAUAAAUAAUUAUAGACUUGGUUUACUGAGCGCAUGGCAUAUUGCGGUGUGACAGGAAAGUUGCAUGCAAAUAGCAGGAGCGAUUCCUUAUUUAAACUAGUAAGGACGAGUGAACUGGAACAGCUGUUGCCGUGACAACUAAAGCUUUACAACUAAAGUAGUAAAGUGUUUACUACUGAGUCAUCCAAAAAUGAAUGCUUUCAACUACAUUUUACAGAGAAGUGGGGUAGCCUGACCCACUGAGCCACUCACCUCCAGGCAGACGCCAGCAGUGUGCCGUUUCUGUUCUAUAACUUCUGUACCAGGCUGUGGUCUCACCCCUGGCUCUGUUUACUGGUCUCUGGGUGAUGGUGAUUCCGGUGUGUCUGAAGUUGUCUCCCUGUCACCUUCACUCACAAGCCCCUGAAAGCUAAUGGUGUUGUGUCCUCAUUGCUUAUUGGGUAUUGAUGCGGCCCAUUCAGAUCCUUUGCCCACUUAGAAAACUGGGCUAUUUGUGCUUUAUUAUCAGCUAUAAUUGUUCUUUGUUGUGCAUUUAGACACAGCUCUAUCAUACAGUUGGGUUCUGGGAUUUUUGUUGUUUUGUUUUUUGUCUUCUCUGACAGACUUGCCUUACUUACCUUUAAUUGGCAUUUUUAGGUCAUCAGCAUAUAAAGUGGCUGU